AUCGUCCCUCGGGACUUCGCCGGCUCUCUUUCUCUCUUCCUCUCCCUCUCUGUCUCCUUUUUCCCCUCCCUCUCCCGUCUCUCUCGCCUUCCUUUCGUCGCGUAUAUAUACGUCGCGCUGACACGCGAGCCGAGCGCUCGAUUUUCAAAAAUUCGUCAAACGCGUUCUUCGUGGCCCGCGAACGUGCCCCGAAUCUCGGAGGAGGAUCUCCGAGAGAUCGCGAGAGAGAUCCGCCGGGAGAGGAUCUCGCGUAUAGAAGCGAACGACGCGAGAAGACCGGCGAGGCAAAAGAGACGAGGAAAUAUCGAGGCGGACGAUCUACGAUAUCGAUCGUAUAGAUAGAUCCGCGCGUAGAGGGUCGCUGAGCGAGAAAUUCGACGCGAUUGAUUUUGGAGUGACGCAAGUGUUUACCGAGCCGUGCGAUCGCUUUGAAUGGUCCCGCAGAUUGCCGCAAGAUGAAGUGGUCAGGGGGAUGUCGAGAGAUCGGCGGCAGUUUGACGUUAAACGCUACUGUUCGGUGGGCGGAAUGAACGCGAGGGCGGAAUAAAUCAUCGAGAAGUGCGUGCCCGUGGGAUGCAUUACGCGCAUUACCUUCGAGAGGAUCACCGUCGUCGGGCGAAAUAAUGCGAUCGAAACGGAUCAAGAAGGCAGCGCUGUUCAGAUUGCUCAGAUACAGACAGUGCGCCAGGUGCCGGCAGAUAACUUAGCGUACCCGAGAGUAUUCGGGUGCGCGCGGACAGGUCGACGGGAAUAAAAAGAAAAAGGGGGGAAAGAGAAAGCGCGCAUACGAGAGCACAUGAGACUGAUCGCCAUCGCGGCAAUGAUCGACGAGCGUAAUUUCACUUCACUUUGGCUGUGAUUUUUACUCCUAGACCUGCCCCCCUCCCCCCCGCCCCGACUCUCCAGAGGCUUGACGCGUGAAAAUCGCGAAGACUGAUCAAGGUAGACUGCUCAGUGACUUCAGAGGAAUCACCGUGCAGCCUGCGUCAUCGUUUCUGCGACUCGAUAGAUUAAUACACGAAGAAAGCGUGGGGUUGCCCUCGGGUUCAAGGACCACGGUAAACAUCGAGCUUCCUCAAGUUCUAGUCCCUCGCCUGUCGAGUGAAUCGAUCGGCCCAGUCAGAAGUCUUCGGCUGUUAUUUCUGGUAGUGCGAGAGGACUAUUGUGGUGUUUUGUGAACCAAAAAAAAAAGACCUGCAAAGUUCAUAGUGAUUGUAGUGAAGUAAUCCGAAGUCCCAAGUACUGUUAAAUUUAAGUGUUAGCGCGGAGGAACAUCCGAUCCCGUCACGACGGCCCGGAGAUGCCUCGCGCGUCCCACCGAGCUCGCGUCUCCCGUCGUCGUCACCGUGCCCGAUAUCCUCUGGAGUCCUUCGACAGGAUCGCAUGGGCGCACCCGAGGACCGCGAGAGUUAAUUAAAAUGCGAGACCUGAACGCCACCGCAUGCGCUGCUUUGUACGACGGCGUCGAGUGGUCAAGCCUGUGGAACGUGAUUACCCUAAUCGUCUUGGCGAUCGUCGAUGUCAUGGUAGUGAUAGGUAACGUCCUGGUCAUUCUGGCCGUCUAUUGUACCAGCAAGCUGAGAAACGUGACGAAUAUGUUCAUCGUGAGCCUGGCGGUCGCCGAUUUGAUGGUCGGCGUCGCCGUCCUGCCGUUCAGCGCGACCUGGGAAGUCUAUAAGGUCUGGAUAUACGGAAACCUCUGGUGCUCCGUGUGGCUGGCGGUCGACGUUUGGAUGUGCACGGCAUCGAUAUUGAAUUUAUGCGCCAUCAGCUUGGAUAGGUACUUGGCUGUGACCAGACCAAUGAGUUAUCCUCAGCUUAUGUCGACGAAGAGGGCUAGGCUGCUGGUGGCCACCGUUUGGGUUUCGAGCUUCGUUAUCUGUUUUCCGCCUUUAGUGGGCUGGAAGGACAAACGGUCGCAUACCACGUACAAUGACACGUAUCCCCUGUACGGCCCGUCCAACACCACUACUAUACUCGUGCCGAUGAAGCCGUGCCCAUGGACCUGCGAGCUGACCAACGACGCCGGCUACGUCGUUUACAGCGCCCUAGGCUCCUUCUACAUACCGAUGCUGGUAAUGCUAUUUUUUUAUUGGCGGAUCUACAACGCCGCAGUUUCCACGACGAGGGCUAUUAAUCAAGGUUUUCGGACAACAAAAGCCUCGAAAAUGCUUGGCACCAGGUUCGACGAACAAAGACUGACCUUACGAAUACACCGUGGCCGCGGUAGCGUCCACAACGGCAGCAACAACGGCAACUCGAGGAGCCCGGACUCGAGCGGCCGUAGCUCCGUCAAGCGGGAAAAGAUCAAGAUCUCGGUCUCCUAUCCCAGCACCGAGACGCUCAACACCAAGUGCAACACCCUCGAGAGAACGCCGUCGAGAUGCUCGCAAAUCUCGGUCCAUUACAGCAACGGGCAGACGCAGACGCAGCUCUGUCCGACCUCGCGGAACACGCAUCUAAAGGUCGGUGGUGUCAAUAGGGUCGGCAGCAGCAAAAGACCGAGCAGGCGGAGCAGCUGCGAGAGUCAGGUGACCGGCGACGAGUUGUCGCUGCGCGAGAUGACGCCGAGCAACGAGGAGAAGCCGCGAGUGAUGAAGCUGGGCAAGAGAAACAUAAAAGCCCAAGUGAAGAGAUUUCGCAUGGAGACGAAGGCGGCGAAGACCCUGGGCAUCAUCGUCGGUGGCUUCAUCAUGUGCUGGCUGCCCUUCUUCACUAUGUAUCUGGUGCGCGCGUUCUGCCCGAACUGCAUACACCCGACCGUCUUUAGCGUGCUGUUCUGGCUGGGAUACUGCAAUUCCGCGAUAAACCCGUGCAUCUACGCCCUCUUCAGCAAGGACUUCCGCUUCGCUUUCAAGAGAAUCAUCUGCUGCAAGUGCUCGUGCAUACAGCGCGCCAACACCCUGCGACGCGGCAGUGACGGCAGCCAAUUGGCAAUGAGGAACGAACGGAGCCCGAGUUAUUCGAUCCGCACGGCUCAGCACGGGACCUCCAUCGACGACUCGGAUCCGGAUCCGUCGUUGGAGGCGAGCCAUUCGCAGAGCGAAUCCAGAUGAUUGUAGCGACACGUCCGAGCUGGCACGCAGCGCGUCACCUUCAAUCCCCGGUCCUCCAAAGCGAGGAUAUUCUCAUUCUGAUGACGGCGAUGGUGCUCCGAGGGCCGCGCCCGACACGUCCUCGCGCGGCCGUCACGUCAUGACGACGACGACGACGACGAGCCGCGGCCUCCUCGACGUUUGGUGUGCCAACGUGAAUCAGUUUCGCCAUUUCUGCUAGACUAAACGUCGCGUCAGCGUUUCGCGUAAAUUAGACCUCACUCGGUGAACGCUGAAAAUUACGCCCGGAAACUCUAUCUCCGUCUAUCGCCGCGAACGCACGAACGUCGGUAGCUGUAUAGGCGAAUAACAGUCAGGUAACAAACGACAAGUGAGACGGGUGAGACACCACUUGUUUAGCUUGUCUUGUUACUCUCUCUCUCUCUCUCUCUCUCUCUCGUUGAAAAGAAAAAGAAAUUGAUGCUUGUUUACGUGAUCUCGCUACAACGGCGGCAUCGUGCCAGGUCAACAGGGAUAUAAAAGCCGGGUAGUUUCUUGAGCGAGAUGAGCAAAUAAUUUGUGACGCUUGAUCUGCUUCCUCGCUAGAAUCGCGUGAUCUCGCUGUAACGAGUUUACGCGAAGCCGAGCGGAGGGGUAAAGUCGAGUAGCGGACUGCUCUCCUCGCUUUUCUGUCUCCUCAAUUUUCUGGGCAUCUACCAUUGAGAAGAAGAGAGAAAAAAAAAUUUAAAAAGGCAAGCUGCUGGAUGCCGUGCGAUUUGCCUUUGCGCUGUAAUUGCGGGCGAGGUCGACGGAAACCGAGUGCCGAGGUGGCGCUUUGCGAUACGCGUUCUACUCGGAAUUGGAUUCCAGCGCGACGGACCUGGAACGCGGCGCUUCAUCCGCGAGGAGGCCGAAAAAAAGAGGGGGAGAAGAGGGGAAAAAAAAACCGAUUUUCCUCGCGCGGAUCGCGCGGACCUGGAAAUCUCGCGCGAUCCGCGCUUCCUCGCGAUAAUCGUCGCGGCGCUUCGCUUCGAUUUGUACUUUUGGGCUACUACGAGGAGCUUCGCACGAUUUGUCCUUCGUACAAACGACCGUCUUCUUGCGGUCCGGUAGACGCGGUGAAUUAUAUCGUACACAGUAUUAGUAUAUACACGUGUAAAUAUCCCGCGCAAGUCACCGGAAAACGAACGGUCGUUUAUUAGACCCGGAGAUGAUGAAUCUCCGAUUAAUUUCGUAUUAACAUGUACGCAACUCGGUGUGCCUUCUUUCGUCAUCCCGUAGUAGAGUGCACCGUUUUCGCGACGAGAGAAAGUUAUCCGCUCUCCGUUCUUCCAGACACACACACACACACACACACACACACAAAGCCAUUUUUGCAAUGUUAUUUAUUUGUUCCGAUAUACGAUUGCUCGCGCAAGCGAAUUACACGUCGUGUAGCUUCUAGUCCCCGAGUCCCUUCCUCCCUCCCGCGUUUCGAGCGGACGAUCGGUUUCGACCGAUCGACUAAUUCGCUUCUGAUCGUCCGCAACGUACGUCUGUGCGUAUCGCGCCACACGCACUCGUCCUACGUCGCUAUAUCGGAGAUUCGCGCGCGGACCUUGAGAAUCAUCGCGAAAUUAUUCUCAAGCCGGGAAAGGAAGUGCGAGUUGGACGGUCGCGCCUCGCAUCUCCGAUCGAGAACGAGCAUCCGACAGGCGUAACGAGACGUAACGAGCGAUGCGCGCACACACGCACAUACACACAGACCCUCCCAAUGUAUGUACAUAUAUCGAUAUCUAUGUGUACGCAACAACAUGCUAAGUAUGUCGUUAUAUCUUCUAUAUGAACCGAUAUUCGCGUGCACGCUCGCACAAAUCGGCGUUUCUCCCCCUCCCCCCCCUCCUUCCCCCCUCAUCCAUUCUCUUUCCUCUUCCUUCCUUUUUUUUCCAUUCGAACGAUUCUCCGGAAUCCAUACAUGGAAUGAGAUCGCAACGCUCUCUUUCUCUCCUUCGAUAUGCCAUUGAUCCAUGCGUUUCUUUUUAUCCCACGCGUAUUCGAUUGUACGACAAACAUUUGCCACCACACGUCGUCGCCGCCGUGCGCAUGCGAAAAUGCACAUGUAUUACAUUGUACAAUGGAGCAAUGUUGCGCGCGGAUAUUGCCAGGCGACGCCGCACGUUCGACACGCUCUCGCGUAAGAUUCGACGUCUCGUCCUCGCGGAACUUACGCGAUUUACCCUCUCCACCCCUACCCUCCCUCGCUUCCAGAUCGCUUUGUGCAAUUGUUUAACUUCGACGGGGGCGGCGAGACGACCGAUCGAUUUAAAGAAAAAAAAAUGCGUGAUUCAUGUAUUAUGUGAUAUCGUAUAAAUAAGUAAAAAAAAAAAAAAGAAACCGAAUGGAAAUAAAUAUGUGAGU